AUGGCGGCGGCCGGAAAACGAACGGUGACCCUCGGCGGCAAAGGAUCUUCUCUCACUCCCUCCUCCGUCUUCGAGGUCGCCAAUGGAUUCUCUCGCGUCACGAUCGACUCCUCCGCUCUCUCCCGACGCUCCUCCCCCUCCUCGAAUUCCACCGCCGCGAAAUUUCCCUUCGCGGUUCCCAAUUAUUUCACCCGCGAGGAAGCUAGGGCUUCUUUGAUCCUCCUGUUGAACAAGCUAGUACUUUCUUCGUCUUCUUCAUCCGCCGCGACCCAGCUGGUUGAGAUCCUCGAGCGAGAUGUUCAGAGCUCGGAUUACACCCUGAACGACAUCGCAUCGAGUGAUUUGGCGCAGCUGGAUUACUCCGUCGCGGCUGUUGACGGCGUUUCCGCUGUCCUUGACCACCGCUCGUCUGCUUUGUGUUCCAUCGCCGACGCCGUCGCGGCUAUCUCGUGUGAGGCCCUGCGAGCUGACGUGUCGCCAUUCAAUCUGAUGGACUCCGGCGACGGCUCCUCGGCGAAGGACGCCGUUUCGGUUGCCGCCGAUUUUAAGGUUUUUGUCAACGGGUCAAAGCUGGUCAACACCGGGAAAAAGCUUUUGGAUCCUUCGGUGGCGGAGAUUCCUUCUGUCCACGGCAAUUUCAGGGAGGUCUCUCGUGCCCUACACUCAAAAACUAGGGUUCAGUUGAACUCCGGGUUCCGGGCUGGCUCAGCCAAGGACAUGUCGACCUCAUUGUCAUCUUUGGGUCUGUCCCUGCUGAAUGUGGGGGAUAUUAGUGUCCGCCGAUCAAACCUCCUUCUGGCGGACUCUAUUUUGGACAUGGAGCUGCGUGCCCGUCUGGCGGAGAUGCUGGCGGCCGAGUGCCCAGGUGCCGAUGCAUUAGAGCAGCUGUACUCGUCCUCUCAAGCUGCUCUCAGUAAGAAGGACUACCUUUUGUUCCUGCAUAGUAUUUAUGAAUUACUGGAUGUGGUUAGGAAGAUGGUUUCUUGGGAGGGGUUAGUUGCAUUUGUGUCGCUCGAAGGAAGUGAGAUUUUUGCUGGGAAAAUUCGAGGAGACAAUGGAAAUGAGGAUAAGGCUACCGAUGCGGAUAAUGUGAAAACUGACAAGAAGAGUGAGAAGAAAAAGAAGGUAGUUUUGGGGAAAGGAUCAAUUGCUCUUGUGCAGUUCAUCAAGGAUAGGUUGCUGGGUGGAGCAACAAAAGUCGACUUGGGCAAAUGCACUCAGGAUUUCCUCUCAUUGCUGGACCCCAGGGAUUCGAAGUUUGAUGAUCUCAUUUUGAAAGUGAAAGAGAUUGUCGAAAGCAAUGAAAGCCGAAGGUUGCCGAAGCUCCCUAAGGGUACUCGUGAUUUUGCAAAAGAGCAGAUGGCAGUUAGAGAGAAAGCUUUCUCAAUUAUAGUUGACGUUUUCAAAAGGCACGGCGCCAUGGCUUUAGAUACUCCUGCUUUCGAAUUGAGAGAAACUCUUAUGGGAAAGUAUGGAGAAGACUCUAAGCUUAUUUAUGACCUUGCUGAUCAGGGUGGUGAGCUAUGUUCACUCCGUUAUGAUCUGACUGUCCCUUUUGCGCGAUAUGUGGCUAUGAACGGUCUGACGUCGUUCAAAAGGUAUCAGAUAGCCAAAGUGUACCGAAGGGAUAACCCAUCCAAGGGAAGGUACCGUGAAUUCUAUCAAUGUGACUUUGAUAUCGCAGGCCAAUUCGAGAAGAUGGGUCCGGACUUUGAAGUCAUCAAGAUCUUGACCGAGUUGCUUGAUGAGCUUGAUAUUGGAGAUUAUGAGGUUAAAUUAAAUCACCGGAAGCUACUGGACGGGAUGCUAGCUAUUUGUGGGGUGCCACAAGAGAAAUUCAGAACUAUCUGCUCGAGCAUUGACAAACUAGACAAGCAAACAUUCGAGCAGGUCAAAAAAGAAAUGGUGGAAGAAAAAGGUUUGACAGAGGAGACUGCAGAUAAAAUCGGAACUUUCGUUAAACACAGAGGUUACCCUGUGGAGCUACUGUCUAAGUUAAAGCAAGAAGGCGGCGAGUUUUUAACCAACUGUGAUGCUGAUGUGGCAUUGAAUGAAUUGGACAUUUUAUUCAAAGCUCUCCUGAAGUCCAAGUGUGUCGACAAAGUCGUUUUCGACUUGAGCCUUGCACGCGGUCUGGAUUACUAUACUGGGGUCAUAUUUGAAGCUGUUUUUAAAGGGGCUACUCAGGUUGGUUCGAUUGCUGCCGGGGGGCGUUACGACAAUCUCAUAGGGAUGUUCGGGACGAAGCAAGUUCCUGCAGUUGGGAUUAGCUUAGGGAUAGAGAGAGUAUUUGCUAUUAUGGAGCAGCUCCAAAAGGAUAAAAAUCAGGAAAUCCGAGCAACCGAGACUCAAGUCCUAGUCAGCAUCCUGGGUGAUGACCUGUCAUUGGGCGCCGAGCUUGUGAGCGAACUGUGGGCUGCAAAGGUGAAAACCGAGUUCAUGGUCAACAAGAGGGUCAUAAAGCAUAUUGACCGGGCCCGAGGGGCCCGGAUCCCCUACAUGGUGAUCAUGGGGGACCACGAGCUGAGCAAAGGGAUUGUUAAGCUGAAAGAUGUUUUGGCCGCAAACGAGUGUGAAAUCCCGAGAGGUGAGCUCGUUUUCGAGCUCCAGAAAAGGCUGAGCGGCAACACGUCUGGACAAUGA